GAAAUACAAAUGUUUUGGGGUUUUGAAAAGUCCGUCUGUGACACGCUUGGACGUCACACAAUGUAAUCAUGACAUGUUUUCAUUAUCCUCGCAGCUCAUACGGUUUUCCUCAGAAGCUUUGGUGCAUUUUUCAGAGCAUAAUUGAAAUUCUCAAAACUACUUGUUCAAUUUUUGUGCACAAAAUUAAAGCGGUUUUCUCAUUUCUGUGAACAAACUGCAAAUGCCUUUGUACGUCCAUGUAAGUGGUUAUGUGCAAUAAUUAUACUGACAACAUGACGAAUAAAUUUGACUGUCGUAUUCAAACACAGUGAAACAAGUACUUCUCGUUAUGAGGCACUGUCGUGUUUAUCGGCAAAUAUUUAAUUUUCAGAGAUGAAUUGAGGAUUUUGAGAAAGAAACUGGAUUUAGCAGGUAAUUCAUGCUGUUAAGCUGUUUGUUCAGAGAAAUGCACUCAGUGUUUUGCAAAUGUCGAAAAUGCUUCCAGAAAAAAAGAAGCGUCUGUAAUUUUUAGCAUGUAAGUAGUUUUGCUAAUCGCAAUUGACUUAUUGACAGCAUUAUGUAAAAUCUACUUUUUUUUAGCUUUACAUCACGCUAUAAUGUUGUUCCUUCACCAAAAACAUACCUGGAGUGUUGCCUUGAUUCUUUCAUGUAUGGUUGAGAAAUCCUUUAAUCUCCAUGGCAACCAUUCAGCUCUGCAAAAUGUCUGGAGGGACCGAAGGCGUAUCUCCUCCUGCAGUUUCCAAGUUUCUGCCCCACAGAGCAGCCCUCUCCCACUCAUCUCCUUGAGACUAGCCAGCAGCAAUUAGCAAACACCUGGUGGGGAGGAUGAGCUCAAGCUGUGGCACAAGAAGAAAGGUCCGACAGCAGCAGCUCCCCUGCAGCUUGGUGCCGUCUGAUCCUGAAACACAGGCAGAGAUCCAGGAUCUCUUUAACAAAGUUAAAACCUUUAUGAAGCCGGUGGGUGAGGAAUGGCGCAUCCCCGACCCUAAUGUUACUCUCAAACACCCGGCAGAGAACCACCGACACCUGCAGGAGCUGAAGGCGUCUCUGAAUGCCGUGAAAAACCAGCUCAGUGACAAGAACAUACAAGUGUGGCACCAACACACCAACUCCACCAACCGAGCUGGGAAGGUGAUCGCUGCUGUUCGCUCGGCUGCCAACGCGGAGAUCUGCACUCAGGCCUGGUGCAAGUUCUACGAGAUCCUGGGGACCUUUGACCUUCUGCCAGAGGAGGCGCUUCAAAACGGGGAGCUGAACUCCGUCCAUCUCUGUGAAGCUCCAGGAGCGUUCAUCACCGCUCUCAAUCACUACAUGAAAACGAACGAGUCCACCCGCUACUGCGACUGGGGCUGGGUCGCCAACACCCUCAACCCGUACCACGAGGCCAACGGAGGGAGCACGACCAUUGUGGACGACCGGCUGAUCGCCAACACGCUGCCGUGGUGGUUCUUUGGCUCCGACAACACGGGGAACAUCAUGCUCCAGAAGCACCUGCUGGAUCUGCAAGUGUUUGUGUCCAACAUGCGGCGGGUCGACGUGGUGACGGCCGACGGAAGCUUUGACUGUCAGGAGAACCCGGACGAGCAGGAGGCGCUGGUGGCGUCGCUGCAUUACUGCGAGGCCGCUGCAGCGCUGCUCCUCCUGAGCCCCGGUGGCUCCUUCGUCCUGAAGAUGUUCACGCUGUAUGAACACUCCUCCGUCUGCUUGCUCUACCUGCUGAACUGCUGCUUCCGCUCCGUCAGCGUCUUCAAACCCGCCACCAGCAAAGCGGGGAACUCCGAGGUUUACGUCGUGUGUUUGAACUACGAGAGCAAGGAGGAGGUGAGGCCUCUGCUCUCCAAACUGAUCCGAAAUUAUGGCCCAAAUCUGGCUGACAGAGAAGCGUUGUUCCCCAGCUCGGUUAUCCCAGAGACGUUUCUGAAGCAGCAUGAGGAGUUGUGCUCCUACUUCCACACCCUGCAGGUGGGGACCAUCGGUGAAAACCUGCGGCUGUUUGAAGGGAUGAGCACAGAGAGGAGUCAGCGGCAUGACCACAUCAGAGACUGUGUUGUGCAUGAAUACCUGCAGCGCUUCCAGGUGAACUUUCUUCCCAGGAGCCGGUGGAUUUCCAGGAACACGGUGAGUCCCGCCUGCUGCAGCGUGUCAGCAGGUCGACCUCUGGGCCAGAAGAAGCAAACCGGCUCCUUCAACGAGCGCAGGGAGCUGCAGAACCUGGGCUGGAGGGAGCGAAUUGGGCGGAGCUGCCAGGCUGCGCUGAUACAGAGUCACUGCACUGAGGACAGAGGGCUGGGCUGCGUGUUAGAAGGACCCCGCUCCAGCUGCUAUGUAGAUUCAUGGUAUGUUGUAACUGGAGCUGCGCUGCCUGCAGUCAGGAACUCUCCAUUCUGUGACUCAGCACUGUUGAACCACCUGAACGAAGCCCUGCAGGAUGCAGCGGUGGACUGGACUCUAGUGACCCCCUGCCGCUCCUGCCGUGCGGCUUGCACUGCCUCCAUUUUGUCUGAAGCUGCAGGUCUUGAGGGGAGCAAAGAGAAAAGGCGGUGUCUGGUGUUCGACAGCCGCGCAGCGUGGGCUGCUGCUGCUGAGAGCCAAGCAGACGAUUUAGUUCUGACGUUCAGUGAAGAGCCUUCAUUUCCUCAGAGAGGCUGCAUCCUGCUGCACGACGGCGAGCCUCUGUACCAGCAGCAGCUGCUGGGAUGUGUCCUGCUCGCCCUGCAGACCCUGAGCGCCGGGGACGCCCUGCUGCUGCGGGUGUUUUCGGCCCUGACUCGAGUCACCGCUGCCACUGUGUUCUGCCUGCACGCCUGUUUCCGCUCCAUCUCCUUCAGGUGUCCACCCCCGUCCGGCGGAGUUGGGGCCUUGCUGAUGUGCGUCGGCUUCUGCCCCGAAGCGGCCGCUCCGAUGCUCCCGGUUCUGAGUGACGUGCAGAGCAGCAUCCAGCAGCUGAUUGGAGGAGGAGAAGGAGACAUGAGGGAGAACCGAACACACGCAGGUGACAGACAGGUACUGCAGUUUGUUCCCAUGGAGGAGCUGCUGAAAGGAGGACUAACAGAGUUCCUCUGGACCAUGAACUCUGAAAUCACCCAGCAGAAGCUGCACCUCCUGCUGCAGGAGGCAGCUUACUGAGGCUAAGGCUGCAGCGGAUCAUCACUCCAGAACAAUACGACAUGUCCGUUUUUAUUUUUCUAACACCAACAAACAGAAGAACAAAACUAAAGGUGCAGUCCACUAAGUAAAAGUAAAUUUUACUUCUUGAAUUUAAUUUUACAAAUCAAAAUUAUGUACAGAACACUGCAAAUACACAAAGUCGUACCAAGUAAUUUUGGUUUAGUUUCUAGUACAAAUGUCUCAGUACAAUUGAAAUCAGACAAAACUUACUUAAGCAAUUUUUAAGUCAA